AUGUCGUCCUCGUCUCCCACAAAAGCGGCUCACGAACACGCCGUACUGCUCAACUCUAUAGCUGACGGAGCUAAUCAAUACCCUAAACCCGAGCAUGUCAACUAUACUUACGGAACAGCGGGAUUCAGAACUCUCGCUACAAAGCUGCCUUCGGUCCUUUUCAGAGUCGGACUUUUAGCUGUUCUUCGUUCUAAACGACUCGAAGGAGCUACCAUCGGAAUUAUGGUCACCGCUUCUCACAACCCUGAACCCGAUAAUGGAGUGAAGCUUGUUGACCCAUCAGGAGAGAUGUUAGAUCCAUCUUGGGAACCUCAUGCGACAACCUUAUCGAAUUGUCCUUCCACCGAGUCGCUCAUUUCAACCUUUACAACUCUUGCCAACCACUUAAGAGUAGAUCUCCAUCAACCUGCCAAUAUAGUAUACGCUCGUGAUACUCGUCCAAGUGGUCCCGAACUCAUUAAAGCUUUAGAAACGGGAUUAAGAGUUUUUGGCGAUUCCGUAAAGAUCAAUGAUUUAGGGGUCACCACUACUCCUAUCUUACAUUACGUAGUUAAGGCUACUAACGACAAGACUGCUGAAUAUGGUGUACCAACAAAGGAAGGAUACAAUGCGAAAAUGGCAAAAGCUUUCACAACCCUUAUUGGUAACAAAGGACCUCUUGCUCCCCUCUACGUGGACUGCGCGAAUGGUGUCGGCGCGGUUGCACUAAAGGAUUUCACUGAUGCCCUCGGGGAUCUUCUUCCUGUCCAUCCACUCAACACAGCCACAACUACUCAAGGAGCACUCAACCAUAUGUGUGGAGCAGAUUUCGUUAAAACCAAACAAGCUCUCCCACCCUCGGUGCAUUCAUCUGGUGUCCUUAGCAAACCUGGCUCUAGAGCAUGCUCUUUUGAUGGGGAUGCUGAUAGAAUCGUCUUUUACUAUCUCAACGAAGAAAAAGCAAACUUCAGAUUAUUGGACGGUGACAAAAUCGCUGUCAUGGUAGCUAUGUUCUUAGUUGAUUUGGUUGUUAAAGCCAAGUUAGACGAAGAACAUAGAUUGAAAGUUGGUGUUGUACAAACCGCUUAUGCCAAUGGAAGUUCCACAAAGUACCUCACAAGCCGUAACAUUCCUGUUACUUGCGUUUCAACCGGAGUCAAACACCUACAUCAUGCAGCCCAGCGGUACGAUAUUGGUGUAUACUUCGAAGCCAAUGGACAUGGAACGGUCCUGUUCUCUGACAGCGCCAUCAAAGCUCUCAAAGCAGCCUCACCUCAAUCACCCGAUGCAGCAAACGCCAUCAAGAACCUCUUGGCUUUCUCUGAACUCAUCAAUCAAGCCGUUGGAGACGCUUUAUCAGAUAUGUUAUUGGUAGAGGCUGUCUUAGCUCAUAGAGGUUGGGGAGCAUCAGACUGGGAUGCAGGAUACGAGGAUUUGCCUAAUCGAUUGGUCAAAGUGGAAGUACCAGAUAGGUCAAUUUUCGUAGCUACUGAUGCUGAAAGGAAAUUGACGAACCCUCCUGGACUUCAAGAGAAGAUUGAAGAAGUGAUGAGAAAAUAUGAAAUGGGAAGGAGUUUCGUUAGACCAAGUGGGACUGAAGAUUGUGUCAGAGUCUAUGCUGAAGCCAAGACUAACUCGGAAGCUGAGAACCUCGCGCUUGCUAUCACAGAUCUAGUCAGAUUCGCUUCUGGUCAAUCCUAG